AUGGCCGCUAAGUCAGACGGGAGGCUGAAGAUGAAGAAGAGCAGCGACGUGGCGUUCACCCCGCUGCAGAACUCGGACCACUCGGGCUCGGUGCAGGGAUUGGCUCCGGGCUUGCCGUCGGGGUCGGGAGCCGAGGACGAGGAGGCGGCCGGGGGCGGCUGCUGCCCGGACGGCGGCGGCUGCUCGCGCUGCUGCUGCUGCUGUGCCGGGAGCGGCGGCUCCGGGGGCUCGGGCGGCUCGGGCGGCGGCGCUGGCGGCCCGGGCGGCGGCGGCGGGGCGGGCUCGGCGGCGCUGUGCCUGCGCCUGGGCAGGGAGCAGCGGCGCUACUCGCUGUGGGACUGCCUCUGGAUCCUGGCCGCGGUGGCUGUGUACUUCGCGGACGUGGGCACGGACAUCUGGCUCGCCGUAGACUACUACCUGCGCGGCCAGCGCUGGUGGUUUGGGCUCACACUCUUCUUCGUGGUGCUCGGCUCGCUCUCGGUGCAAGUGUUCAGCUUCCGCUGGUUUGUGCACGAUUUCAGCACCGAGGACAGCGCCACGGCCGCAGCCGCCAGCUGCCCGCAGCCUGGAGCCGAUUGCAAGACCGUGGUCAGCGGUGGUUCUGCAGCCGGGGAAGGCGAGGCUCGUCCUUCCACGCCGCAAAGGCAAGCAUCCAACGCCAGCAAGAGCAACGUCGCUGCCGCCAACAGCGGCAGCAACAGCAGCGGGGCCACCCGGGCCAGCGGCAAACACAGGUCUGCGUCCUGCUCCUUCUGCAUCUGGCUCCUGCAGUCACUCAUCCACAUCUUGCAGCUCGGGCAAAUUUGGAGAUAUUUCCACACAAUAUACUUAGGCAUUCGAAGCCGACAGAGCGGGGAGAAUGACAGAUGGAGGUUUUACUGGAAAAUGGUGUAUGAGUAUGCCGAUGUGAGCAUGCUGCACUUGCUAGCCACCUUUCUGGAAAGUGCUCCACAGCUGGUCCUGCAGCUCUGCAUUAUCGUACAGACUCAUAGCUUGCAGGCCCUCCAAGGUUUCACAGCGGCAGCCUCCCUUGUGUCCUUGGCCUGGGCCUUGGCCUCUUACCAGAAGGCCCUCCGGGACUCCCGAGACGACAAGAAGCCCAUCAGCUACAUGGCAGUCAUCAUCCAGUUCUGCUGGCACUUCUUCACCAUCGCCGCCAGGGUCAUCACGUUCGCCCUCUUCGCCUCAGUUUUCCAGCUGUACUUUGGGAUCUUCAUCGUCCUUCACUGGUGCAUCAUGACCUUCUGGAUCGUCCACUGUGAGACAGAGUUCUGCAUCACCAAAUGGGAAGAGAUUGUGUUCGACAUGGUGGUGGGGAUUAUCUACAUCUUCAGUUGGUUCAACGUCAAGGAAGGCAGGACACGCUGCAGGUUAUUCAUUUACUAUUUUGUGAUCCUUUUGGAAAAUACAGCCUUGAGCGCCCUCUGGUACCUCUACAAGGCUCCCCAGAUCGCAGACGCGUUUGCCAUUCCAGCACUGUGUGUGGUGUUCAGCAGCUUUUUAACUGGCAUUGUUUUUAUGCUGAUGUAUUAUGCCUUCUUUCACCCCAAUGGACCCAGAUUCGGGCAGUCACCAAGCUGUGCUUGUGAGGACCCGGUCGCUGCCUUCUCUCUGCCUCCGGAAGUGGCCACGAGCACCCUACGGUCCAUCUCCAACAACCGCAGUGUUGUCAGUGACCGCGAUCAGAAGUUCGCAGAGCGGGAUGGGUGCGUACCUGUCUUUCAGGUGAGGCCCACCGCCCCAUCCACUCCAUCAUCUCGCCCACCACGGAUUGAAGAAUCAGUCAUUAAAAUUGAUCUGUUCAGGAAUAGGUACCCAGCGUGGGAGAGACAUGUUUUGGACCGAAGCCUACGAAAGGCCAUUUUAGCCUUUGAGUGUUCCCCGUCUCCUCCAAGGCUGCAGUACAAAGAUGACGCCCUUAUUCAGGAGCGGCUGGAGUACGAAACCACUUUAUAA